CACAAAUGGCGAUAAAAAUAUUGUGUCAUUUGUUAUUUUUCUAAAGAAGUGCCAGUUGUUUGAAGAAAUUGAAGAUAUUUUCGUUGAAAUUGAAUAACUGGUAAUAAUGUCGGAGGCGCAACCCCCCUUGAUUAUAUGCAUGGAGAAUGCGACUGGCGAAGAGGUCGCUCUCCGAAUAGAACCGGACGAUAACUUCCAAAUGUUCCUGGACAAAGCCAAGGCGCUACUAGGUUUCGACGUGGACUUAAACUCCAUAACAAGAAACCAACCCGUCUCAUUAUCAGAAAACGUCUAUCAGUUCCUAAUAAAUGCCGAACAAAACUUACAAACAGAUGACCUCACACAAAACUUUGAUCCAAUGUUGGAUCCAAAUGAUGGGGCCAACGAUUUGGUUUACAUUUUGGACGAUGGGACUCAGAUAAGGGCGUCUCAAAUACAUUUUGACAAUGAUGAUCCGCUAAUAGAUUUGACGGCUGAAAAAAUCCCUUUUGUGAAGUACGCGGAUGACGUCACAGAUGAUAUAGAUCUAGAAAAUGUUCAUAUACAAGAGACUAAGAAGAUAAACAUUGUAGAAAGCCCAGUAUCCCGUUGGUCCAGUAAAAAUUCUAGUCCAAAGUGCAGUUUUAUAAACUCGUUACCAUUUAAAUUAGUCUGCAAUAACACUUCGGGUUUUGAGGCGCAGUUUACUAAAUAUUUGGAAGCGAAUGCAUCAAAAACUUACGCUACUCUUAACCCUGUGACCAUCAGGAAUAAAUCCCCAAAAAGUCUCAUUAAAGACAAUUUCAAGAAUUACGACGAGAGCUAUCAAAGGAAUGAUAAUCUUUCGUACACUAGAGAAGAAAUUCUCAACAUGUUUAAAGAUUCCCCUAUGACUUCUUUGCCAUACGAUCAGGGGUAUAGCGAAAGGAGACAUGUUAGGAAGACAGACCCUUCGAGACUAGUCCACAAGAAUUGGACGAAACCCAUCUCCUAUGUAGAUAUUGAUGGUGUUCUUAUAGGCGAAAGUGAGAGCCAGAUCUGCUUCAUAUGUGGCAAACACGUUGAUAAUAACGUGGAUAAACUGUAUCUCUUUGAUAACGAAGACCAGAGGCUACAUCGGUGUUCCCCACAGAAAAAAAUGUCGACCCAACUCAAAAUUAUAUGCGAGUGUUGCCUCAAUGAAAAUUUUAAGCCGUGUCGAAUGAAAAGUGCUAAUCAAUUUCUGAAUCCGGACGAGUUUUUGGUCAUACGAAAUAAUCAACAAUACAUAUUUCAGAAGGUUAAAAAUUUUAGUUUUACGCAUCUAGGGAAAGCUAAGGAAACCAUAAACAAGAUAGAGACGAAAAUAGACAAGGAAGAGUUCGUUAAAGUCGAAAUAGGUUCUGACGGAGAGAUUAUAACGAAGCCCAUAGACAACGAUCCGAGGUCCGAUGACGUCAUAAUUGUUAAAGAUGAGAAGAAGGAGGGUAGUUCGAGCGACGUUGAGAUUAUAGAGCCGGAACCGGAAAUAGAUAAUAUCAUAGACAAUUUGGAGGAAGCUGAUGAGGAUGUUAAAGAGUUUUUGGGAAAAUAUCAGUGUGAUAACAGUGAAAUUACGGAGUUGAAGUGCAGGUUUUGCGAGCAAAUAUUCCCUGAACUUUCAGGCGUGACGGAGCACUGCGAGACACAUAAACAUGAUCUGGAAGAUGGGGAGGUGUUCCCAUGUCCCCUAUGUAAUUAUGGCUAUGCGAAUCUGAAAUGGCUGAAAGCUCAUUUAAUAGCGGCUCACGAGAAAUCUGAAACUAAGAAACCUUCAAAAGAUGAAACUGAAACCAAUGCAGACGAUGUUGACAAAGACCUAAUAGUUACCGAGCCAGAGACGGGAACUCCAUCAUCGCCCGUAGCGACGCGCACGCGCAGCUCAAACAAAAAGGAUGGAGAUAAAAAAGAUAAUGAAAAUUCUGAAGACAAGACAGAUUCUAAUGCUGAUACGACGGAACCCACCACAAACGCAGAGCCACCCAUCAUAAAAACGGAGGUUAAGCAAGAAUGUCUGGACAGCAGCGAGGAUGAGAUCUGGAUAGUUCAGACAGCUGACGCUGAUGCGCAGGAGUUGCAGAAACUCUUAUGUGCUGCUAAGGUGAAAGAAGAUGGACAAGAAGGCAAUUCAGAGAAAACGCAUAAAUGCUAUAAUUGCAGUCAAGUAUUUGCAAGCGCGGAUGGUUUAUCGAACCAUCGAUGCAGGAGACGAGGCCGGAAGAGAAAGUCCAAGGAUCUCGUCAAUCUAAUCUGUAUACCCACUGAAGAAGACUUCUUGAAGAGAGCGCAAGGACGUCCCAGACAAAAUGAUUCUGGAAUUGACAACGAUCUUAUUGUUAUGCGUCCAAGAAAACGCCGCAGUCGGGAACUGACUUCCAAUCCUCAAGUCGUGACCUGUCACAACUGUAACGAGUCGUUCACAUCCAAAGUUAGACUGAAGUUUCAUAUGCAAUUCCACGACACAGCCCGGCCGGUCCGGUCGGACGGGCGCUACCUAUGCGCGGAGUGUGAGGGCGCCACCUUCGCCACGGAGACAGAACUCUUCGACCACGUACACUUCCAACAUGAUAAGCAGAAGCGGUGGCAAUGUCCAGUGGAAGGGUGCGGAAAAACUUUCUUUCUGAGGGCAACUCUAACGAAACACAGUCGUACACACACAGACACACGGCGCUACGUGUGUGUGACGUGUGACAAGCGGUUCCUCGACAAACAGACGUUGGAUGAACAUGGAGUCACGCAUUUACAGAUAAAACCCUUCCAAUGCCACAUCUGCCUGAAGCAACUGACCCGUCGGUCCCGGCUCCGCAUGCACGUGCGCGCGCACGAAGAGGAGCUGGCGCCCCGCCUCGUGCGCGUCUGUGCAGUCUGCGCGCGGGCCUUCAGGGACCUUACUACUGCACAGGAGGAGCUGGCGCCCCGCCUCGUGCGCGUCUGUGCAGUCUGUGCGCGGGCCUUCCGGGACCUUACUACUGCACAGGAGCACGCCUCAAAAUCGACGGAAUGUAUAGAAGCUUUCGCCAACGAGCUGAAGGAGGAAGCUGAAGAGGUCACAGUACAACUGUCGCCCACCAGUGGACUAGUCAGACAUACUGUGCAGAUUGUGGAAUCCCCAAAACUGUCGAAACCUAUAAAACGCGAGGUAUCCCACGAGGUGGGGGCCCCACUCCUGUCUCAGUUGGCGGACGAGGCGCGCGCCCUCAUACGAGUUGUUGAGAUUGAGAAGGCAUUCCGCUGCGAAUAUUGCGAGGAUGUCUUUUACCUAGAGAGCGGUCUGAACUCGCAUCGCGCUAUACACAAGGGCGUGAAGAAUCCGUUCACUUGCCACAUAUGCAAAGUCAGCUUCGCUACUUACUCCAGAUGCACGACCCACAAAACGACGCAUGGUUUCUACAAGCGCUCCCUGGCGGACGCCAAGAAGACUGACGGCCUGCCUGCCACUGACGGAGCCAACAGGUCCGCCACUGGUAUACUCGGAUACGGGGACUUUCCAGUUGUCAAACAUUUCUUGUGUGAGGAUUGCGGGCGUUCCUACUUACACUGGACAUACCUUCAAGUACACCGGCGUAUGAAACAUGCGAACGAAAACUUUUUAUAUAAAUGUAACCAGUGCGAAUUGACCUUCCCUAACAGUUGGAGUCUAGCGUACCACCGUAAGAAGAUCCACGGUAAGACUGGACCUGACGAUGCUGGAGCCACCAGCAAGAUCAGCAGGGAUGAUUACAGGAUACCCUGCCGAGACUGCAGCGAAGUUCUACCAAAUAAGACUGCGUUGUAUAAACACAGGAAGAAGGAACACAGCGAUGGAGCGAUACGAGCCAACAGUAAAACUGGUCCUUACAGCAACGAGGAAUCGAACUCUGGAGGCGGCGCGUGUACCCGCUGCCAUGCUACCUUCACUCAUGCUGCUGAUCUCCAUAAACACGUCAAAGAAGACCACGCGGGCGGGGCGGGCGGCGCGGGCGCAACGAUUACUUCUCUCACAACGGGCGGCGGGUGCGGGCGGCGGCCGCACGCGUGCCCGGUGUGCGGCCACGCGUUCCGCACGCUGUCGAUGCGCAACGAGCACCUGCGGGUGCACACGGGGGAGCGACCCUUCCCCUGCGACGUCUGCGGGGUCGCCUUCAGGAGAUCGACAGCGAUGCGCAACCACCGCCUCAUCCACACCGGCGUCCGCGCCUGGGCCUGUGGGCGGUGUCCCAAACGGUUCCGGAUUCGAUCCGAUCUGAGGACACAUCUCAGACUCAAACAUCCCGCUACUAUUGUUGUUGUUGAGAUGGAAGGUCUAAACCCGACUUCAGAAGAGAUCAUGAAGACGCUCGCAUUACAAAAUGUACCUCACGACAAACUUAUAGAGAUUACUAAAAUGUCCUUUUCCAAGGGUACAUCGAGUGUGAUACCGUCGACAGCGCGCGCCCUGUCGGCGCUGAGUACCGUCCCGCGCACUCACGUCGCCUGCAUCAAACCCACGCCCGCCAGGAUGCUCGAUGAAUUUCAACCAGCUCGCCGUGGCCGUGGUAUCGCCAAAAACCCACGGCGACCGAAAAUUCUGCAGCGAGGCGAAACUGCGCCACAUGAGAACACUGCCUACCCCAUUGUUAGCGGAGAGGAAUUAUCAGAUUUAAACGUUCAGUUGUUACUGCGAGACGGAGUUUUGGUGAACGGCAACCAGAUGGUGCAACUACAACUGGACGAUCCGAUGUUGAUGGAAUAACUGUCUUAUUUAAACCUAAUGUCUUCAUCGUAAUCACAUCAACAUAAUAUAAUAAAUGAGCAAAGCCUCUUCUCACACGGAGAUGGU